GUUCUGCAAUUAUUUAAAAAAAAUCAUGAAAAACAUAAAAAAAGUAGCUUUGAUUACACUUAUAGUAGAAAUUAUUGUAAUAGUAUUGUGCAUUUCAUUAAAUGUUCUCAAAUCUCCUUCAGAUGCAAAGUUAGAGCGGAUAAAACGAUGCUUGAUUGAUAAAUUGAUAAAUCCAGAAGAUGAACAAAAAGCCGCCGACUAUAUUGGCCAUCUGCAGGAUUCAUUUCAAGCCAAAUUUAUGGAGACAGUAACGUUCGAAGAUUCAACAGAAACUAUAGUAAGACCAAAAACUGGAGAGCUCAGUGACUUUGGAAUCGCAUUGUUAUCAAUGUAUCAAUUAGACAAUAAAAAGACCGACUGUUUAACAAUUGUUGAAUAUUUAAUAAUAAAAAUGGAUGGAAAACUAGGAAAUCUGAUAAGUAUAAAGAACGUUCCACCUUGGCGCGAUAAUUGGUACAGUUUUUCCGUUUCAUUUACUCGUAUGCUAGCGAUGUACGAGUACAUCGGAAAAAAUAAAUUGAUAAAAGAUAUAUGCCACAGAAGAAUUGUUGAGAUAACGCCGAAAUUAAAUCAAUCACUAGGCUCGACUCACGAACAUGUCAACUUUGUCUAUAUAGCGAUCCCACGUUUGCUGACGAAUUAUUUAUACAACCAUCCGCGUUUUGAAGAGGAAGUAAAAUCAAAUUUAUUUUCGGAGCUUGAUAAAGAAAUGCAAACACACUUCAAUUCAAGUAACGAUGUAAAAAAUGGUAUUUAUGAGGACUAUUCAUGUAUUUGUCACCAUAAUAUUCCAAGUUUCUCAUAUAUAACUACACUUGGGGACUUUUAUAUCAAUACGUACAGGGCGCUUGGUUUUAAAUCGACUAUAGGGAGUUCUAUAAUGAAAAUACUUGAUAAAGUUAUUCAUCCGAAAUUGGAUUUUAUACCCUACGGUCUGUUUAGCCGGGAACCAAAAAUAGGUUGUACAGGAAUUUUAAAAAGGUUCUGGCCGAAUUACGAAAGGAAUCCCAAUUACGACGUAAAUAUAUUUCCUUUCAUUGGUCUCGGGGUAUUCAAGUCAGAAAAAUUUGUAUUUUCGGUGCGCGUUCAACGUGAGGGCAUCGCUGCCUAUGAGUUUGAUAAAUGGAAUCAGAAAUUCGCUCUUGGAUGGAUUCAAAUGCGUAAAUUAUACCUCACGGAAGUUGAUUAUAGUUCAUAUAAUAAUAGAAUACAGUGGGAGCAACUACAAGUUCAACCGGGUGUAAUUUCAUUUGCUAAGAACAACGAUAAUAAGUUUACAGCUUUCACAGAUAAAGCCCGCACUUACACUCUUCCGAAAUCCUGCGAAAACAUCAAAUCUUAUAUUGGGCAUUUAAGUAACCAUAAGAAUAAAAAACUAUUGUACUGGUCGAAUAAAUAUGAAUUUCAUGCUUUCUAUGGACCAAAGGUUGAAAUAUUUGAAAUCGGUGUUUGUACAGACAAUGGUUUAGUUAUGCGAUACGAAAUUAAAAAUGAGUCUCGUAAGGAUUUGAAAUUGAUAUUAAAUGACAAAGAUAUUCAUUACGGAACUGACGGAAUUCAUUUGAAAGCUUCUCCUAAUGAUCCUGGUACAGGAAUUCGUAUCUCUAGCGGCGCAGCACCGGUAAAUUGGUCUCAGCUAUUUGAUGAAACCAUUGAGCCUAAAACAGUUAAUUGGAAUAAUGCAAAUAAUUCGAUGUCAUUUACCUUUGAAGGCGACAGUUAUUCAAUUGAAAAGCAUGAUAACUAUCAUAUUGUCAAAUGCAAUGAUAAAAUAAUACUCGCGGGUAAUUCGAGCAGUUUGCGUAACGGCAGUAUUACUCAUCGUGAUAAAACGACUAAUAAAAAUAUAAUAUUCAAAAGAGAUCCUGAUACACUUAUGUAUCUCCCUGAGCAAAGCUAAUUAAUUAUACAUUUAUAUGAACACUUGAAAGAAUGAUUA